AUGACACCAAUGACACCUGCAACGAAAGAUUAUAAGCACGAGCGACCGUUUCAAUGCGACCAUUGUCGUAAGUCUUUUUCUUCCAAAUAUAAUUUAAGAAGACACAUGAACGUUCACUUCGGCGUGAAUCCGUAUGAAUGUAAAAUCUGCAAUAAAUCUUUUAUUCGUUUAAAUUGUUUAAAUAAGCAUAAUAGAAUUCAUACAGGCGAAAAGCCACAUAAAUGUAAAAUUUGCGGCAAAUCUUUUACUUUUAUUAGUCGGUGGCAAACACACAUUCGUACUCAUACAGGCGAAAAGCUAUAUAAAUGUGAAAUCUGUGACAAAUCUUUUAAUGGGUCAAAUCAUCUAAAAACCCACAUGCGUAUCCAUACAGGAGAAAAGCCAUAUAAAUGUGAAACCUGCGGCAAAUGUUUUGUUCAAUCAAAUCAUCUAAACGUACAUGCUCGUAUCCACACAGGAGAAAAGCCAUAUAAAUGUAACAUUUGCGACAAAUUUUUUGGUGAAUUGAGUUGUCUUAAAAUACACGCUUAUACCCAUACAAGUGAAAAACCAUAUAAAUGUAAAAUUUGCGACAAAUCUUUUGCUCAGCUUUGUCGGUUGCAACAACACACUCGUACUCAUACAGGCGAAAAGCCUUAUCAAUGUAAAAUCUGCGAUAAAUUUUUUAAUGAAUUUUCUACUCUAAAAAGGCAUGUUUACUUCCAUACUGGCGAGCGACCCUUUAAAUGUCAAGAUUGUAAUAAGUCUUUUGCUCUAAAACACACUUUGAAAAAACACAUUCGAACCCAUACAGAGGAUAAACUACGUAAAUGA